AGAUGGCUGAACGUCAUGAUGUUCAACAUAUCUUGAAGAUUGCGCGUGAGCUGGUGCAUAAAGUCCAAUCUCUGAUGGACAACAAGUGAGUGUAAAAGAAGAGGAAUGUGUCUGGUCCCAGAGGAAACUCAGCUCUGCCUCUCAUCCCUGAGAGACGGUCUCCUGGCCUCCAGACAUUCAGGUCACAGGGGCCCAGGUCUCCUUCUUGCCUAGAUGAAGGUUCUGAAAGUGGGUCAGGAGUGCCUCUGGAGUUCUGUUUACAUGUACCUUCACGUGGAAUGCCAAUGGUGUCUGUUUAGACAUGUGGAUUUGUCUGCAUGCUAGUGAGUUUAAUUCACACCCUGAAAGCAUUUUGCCAUUGCCCAUUCUCACUGUGUGUGUGCAUGACAACACACARGCACACAUAGUUCUGUUGACUCUGUGCAGUCUUACAUGACCCUGAAACUAAACGUACUGGAUGCCUGUAAGGAAAGCUCAAGCACUGUCAGUGUUUGCCAUGUGUUCCUUAAUGUGGUGCUUCAAGAGACCACAAGAGGGCAGYCUUGACACACAACAUGGAGGAGAAAGACUUAGCCACGAAAAUGUUUUCAUCAGUGACCAAAUGGACUGUGCCAACUACCUUUUCUUCAGUGUUUUAUACAAGCAUGUGUUUCUACUCGUACACAGUCAUUUUUAGUUUUUGUCUAGAAGUUAUACCACAAAUGUUGCCUUUUAGUAAUUACCCAAGGUACCUUGAUGCACUUUUUUUGUGUAAGUAUUUGUUGUACUCCCUAUAAAGCUUACUACUAAUUUAGUGAUGGCCCAAGGUACCACAGGAGGCCACGCUGUUGUAAUGAAAAUCAGGAUGAAUUGCAACCAACUUUUCUGAGCACAACAUUGAGAAUUAAAAGAUGCUUACGCCCUG